AUUCUUUAAAUUCCUGUGUAUUUUUCUAGACUACACAUUUUACCAGUGUUAACUUUUAAAUAUUGUCCUAUGUGUUUUGGUAAACUUGAUACGUUUUCAUAUGUUAAAAAAUCUAAUUUGCUACGAAGUGUUUAUAUAAUAAAAUUGAAAAUACAAAAUGGAUCUAAAUGUAUUAUUUCAGUAGGUAAGUAGUAACUGUACUUUAAGCAAGAAUUAUUUGAAUUAACACAAGUCUUUUCCUGCCAGAUAUAUUUAGGGACCAAUUUUGACAUCCACAGUCAUGCUGAAUAGCAUCUUACUCUACAGGUGGGCCAGUUAAUGGGAUCACUGUGAAAUAAAGUAUUAUUUGUUAUGAGUAAAGGUAUCAGAAUCUGACCCUUAGAAUUAGUCUUAUUUCUCAUUGGACGAGUAGUGCUAUGUAACCCAAAACAGAGACUUUGAAAUACCGUUCCUUUUCUUAACUAAGGAUUUAAUGAUUGUGUUCUUUAUAAUUUCUGUAAACUCAAGAGUUUUGUUCACUGAGGCUGGAUGUUUUUCCGUCUGGAAAAAUACAGUCUCAAAAAUUAUAUAACAAAUAAAGGCAGUGCUAAUAAGUGCAACUAUGUGCAAAAAGUAUGUUCAUUUUUUUGUGAAAAAUAACAAAUUGGCUGAUGAAACAUUCGUUGAGUAUGUGAAGAUUCUGCAGAAAUAAUUUUACUGAAACCUGUUUUGAGUUUUUAUCUUCUUAUUCUGAAGACAGAACAAAAAAAUCCAGUCUUACUUAGAAAUAUGAACCUUAGCAUAACAGAAUUAUAGUAAUGCCAUAAAUAGUAAGUGCUAAUGUACAGUGCAAGUAUUAGACAAUAUUUGGGCUAAGAUGUAUUUCAUUUUCCACAAACAGCACUGCAAUUUCAAUGGAAAUGGCUGCUGAAGAAGCUGUUGUGCUCUGUUCAGAAUACAACAUUAAAGGUCAAGCACAGUUCAGAACCAAAGCAUAUCCGUUCAAAUUGAACAUCCCCAGGCGCUCAGCAGCAGCCCGAGCCGCCCAGGCGAGCCCCGCUCCGCUCCCGGCCAUGGACCUACCCGCUUCGGAAGAUCCCGAUGCCCAAGCGCCUCCGCCUGGCCUUCGCACGCUCCUGCCCUCCAGGGAGUUCCUCUGCUCUCGCAAAGGGCAGCUCCUGCUGGCCGAGUCGGUGCUGUCAUUUAUCACCUUUAUCUGUUAUAUUGCAUCUUCAGCUGCAUCUUUCAUGAUGGCACCACUCAUAGAAUUUCUGCUGGCACUGUUUCUUUUCUUUGCAUACUCCUCUAAGCUUAAUGAGAAGUUUAAAGGAAUCUACUGGCCUUUGUCGGAUUUCUUGCGCUGUGUCACUGCUGCCAUUAUAUAUUUUGCCAUCUCAAUCGCUGCAGUCUCAAAAUAUUCUGAUGGAGCAUCCAAAGCAGCUGGGGUAUUUGGCUUUAUAGCCACAAUAGUGUUUGCUGUUGAUUUCUACAUUACCUUUAAUGACCUGGUCACGUUUCUCAAACAAGGCAGUUCCGAAAAUGCCACUGAAGCACAAAAGUCAGAAGAUGAGGCCUCUGAUUCGGAUUCGGACUGAAGAACAGCACACCUACGGAUUGUGAAGUCAAAAGGGAAGAGAUGACCAAGUUCUUUCCUAUUUGCUAAAUGCACUGCCAGUUGAAAUGUUUCCCUUUCUUGUUUUGGUCUCAGUCACCAGUACGUUCUCUCUCUUUUUCCAUCACUGUUUACAGAGUCACAAAAACCAGUGACUCAGUGGUGUGGUGGAAAGAAUAUUUCAGUGUCACAGAACAUUUCUUUGGAAACUGGCCAUUUUGUAGGUGUGCAAUCUUGUACCUAGAUAUUAUCUUUUAAUAUGCUUUAUUUCAAACUUUACACUAGAUUUCUGAAUCUGAGCUUUCUUACUACUUUUUUCCCCCCGAUUAAGAAGCCAAUAGUAUUCCUUUAGAUAAAGUCUCACUACCUCUACUAUCUCAAGCAUUUGAAGGCACAAGUUAUAUUGGAUAUGUAGGUUUCAGAAGGCUGUGUAUGUGUGACCAUGAAAAUGGCAGCUGGACAUCUGCAACAUGAGCAAAUCUGAAAAUGCCUCAGGUUAGCUGGUUUAGUGGACAUUCAAUUUUCUGUCAUUUUGUAAGAUUUUCUGAGGAGAAAUCGCCCUCUUUCUAAUCUGCUUCUGUGGCGGCACAUCAUGCUCUUCAAAUUUUAUUGCAAAAACGAGGCUGAGCAUGAGACACAUUGUUUUAACCUUCCCUUCCUACCAGCAGGGCAGAAGCCUCUAUGUGCAGUCUGCACAUUUAGCUCUAGUUUCAGUGUGCAUGGCCAGAUAGGCCUGGCUCAGAGUCAUCCACAUGACAUCUCUUACCCCAUCAAGCGUGUAAGAAUUUCCGCACGAGAAACCACUGCACAAUUUCUUGCUCUAUGCUUUUAACAUCAGUCCUCCAGUCAAUAGUGUUUACCCCAGGUAGGGAACCACAGGGCUUACAGCUCCUGAUAAAGCCAGGCUGCCACAGAGAAUGGAGGAAACAACCCGGAGGCAAAGGCUUCUGCAAAUCUCACCUUAUCUAUACUUUUGUGGUAUAGAAGGGCCAUACCCCUGUGGAGAGGCAAACCCAGCCUCCUGACAGAAAUCUCAGUGCAGCAAGUCGCACUUUCCCAGCCCUCUCUGGUUUUUCUGAGAGGCCAGAUUUGUCCCUUGGUGUGGAGUUUCUAGGAAAAACUCCUGCAUUUCAAAGGGUUCUCUUUAGAGAGAGGGUAACAUAACCUGUCUGCAGUAGUCAUACCUUCUGACAACGUAUAUACACAUCCCAAACAAUAACUUGGUUAAAAGAAUGGCAAACUCCAUGUACGGCAUUUGAUAUGCUUGUUUCAAAGAAACUCAUAUGUUAACAAGCAUUUCAUAUAGUCACAGGACUGGUGGCUUUUCUUUAAACAAAAAAAAGACUUCAUCAAGACACAGCAGAUGGUACAAACAGAGUAAAUGAAAACAGAGCUAAAACAAUAAAGGCAGUUUUUGCUGGGAAUAAACAUAUCCCACUUGUGUUUCAGUGACCUGCUAGCAGCUGGCUGUUAGCUGUCCAGAAGCAAGGUACCGAUUAGCAGCGUAGAGGUGUUUCAGACAGAAUGGUCUGGCUUAAUAAGGGGAUAUCUGAAAGACAACUUUCCCAUUCUCCACACCACUGAAGGAGUAACAACAAUGAAUGUGAGAAGUAAUCAGCACUUAUCUCAGGAAAGAGCCCUUUGGGCUUUUUCCAGUGUGGAAUUCUGCAUUUCUGUCAUGCUUCUCUUUUACUGUAAUACGUUUACUGGCAUUUACUGUGAUGUUAGGGAACCUGUGGUAAUUUUAACACUCUGUCUUUUUGUAAUUUUAAAUUCUUUUUUUUUUUUUUUUUUAAAACAUACUGCAUGUGAAACCCUGGAAACUAGCCCAAGGUUAACAUUUAUAAACUAUCCUGGUUUAUACCAUCUUUAACAGAA